AAACAGAAUAAUUUGGAAAUUUAAAAGGGGCGAUAAAUUUACAAUACAAAAAGAAGUACUGCAAAUCAAACCAGAAAGUUUUGGAUUUGAAUUGUUGCUGCAAAAAGUGAAAAAAAAAUGUGCACGUGUUUGUGUCAAUCCUGAAUUUAAAUGUCAUCUAAAUAGUACAGAUAUUUAGCUAAAAAGUUUAUAUUGUGAUCUCUAAACACGUGCAUUUAUUAUUGGAUUAUGUUCCAUUCUAUAAACUCCGUAUCAGUUUCCAGGUGUGAACUUUUUUUUCAAAAACUUUAUUGAACAUUCUUUCAAUUUACAAAUGUUCAUUUUUUUAACAGUAGGUAACAGAAAACACUAUAAGUACUUUCCAGGUGUGAUUCGACCCACAAAAAAGAAAAGAAAAAAAAAAGGUGUGAUUGUUCCCGGAACAUCCGGGUCACUACAUAAUUAGUUGGGUGUGUGGAGGUGUCUCCUCCCCCCUCCCCUCUCUCUCUAAUUGGUCCGCUCUGACAGCGUUGCUGGAGUUUCCUCAAUUGAGCAGCGUGAAGUGAAACGCUCGGGACAUUGGAGAGGAAAGAAAAAAAAUAAUCAUAAUAUUUAUAUUUAUUUAACAAUAAGUGGGCUUUCGAUCCGCGCUGCAGUCAGACAGCCCCGGUGGAUCCGAUGCUCCGGCUACACUCCGCUCGGCAGGUUUGCCCUGUGGUCGCUGGAUUAAGUCAUCGCUGCCUCUUUGCUCAUCCUGGAGCCUGAAAGACUCAUGUGGUUUCUGAACACGCCAGCGUUUCCGUGAAGCUGCACCACAGACCCUGUUUGGCGCAAUGACUCGGAUUUUCUGGGAUUUUGUUCUACUUAUCAGUUCUCUUUUGACUUUUGGAGCAGUGCUGAGCACCUCAGCGGUCAUUGAAGCGAGCAUUUCCACCCAGCCGAGGCUCACCGCUGCUCCAAACGCUGUCAGUGACGGGAUUGCAGCUGCAACCGACAUCCCUGCAUCUAAUAGUUCCCUCAUAUCAGUUGAAUAUAGUCAGAUGAAUUUAACAACGCAUCUCUUCGUUUACACCAACACCACCUCCACUGCUCCUCCAAACUCCUCCACAAGCACCUCCUCCACUAACAGCAGCAGCGCCACAAGAAGACCGGAUGGAGCCGUCAGCACCCGUCCCGUGAAGAAGUUUGUGGCGGCGGCGGUUCGAUCUCACUUUGACGACUGUCCGGACUCCCAUCAGCAUUUCUGCUUUCAUGGCACGUGCCGCUUCCUGAUCCUGGAGGAAACGCCUGCUUGUGUGUGUCAUCCAGGGUUUGUGGGGUUGAGGUGUGAGCAUGCAGACCUGCUGGCUGUGGUAGCAACCAACCACAGGCAGCAGACCGUCGCCACGGUGCUGGUGCUGUGUGUGGUUGGCUGCGUUCUGAUCAUGGUGUUGUGUUCCCUCUUACACUGCUGGUGGAGGCAAGACUGUCGAAGGCAUAACCAUGCACAUCACUAUGUUGGAGAAAAGCACGGAACAGCUGGCUAUCCAUCAGAGAGCGUGGUUUGACGAGACAUGUCGUUUGGACACAUCCUGUGCGCAUCAUUGCAUCUUUCCGAUCUGUGUGGCCCACAAACCUUUUGGGAUUGCAUCCGCAGUGGCUCGACUGGCCAGAGGCGAGUCGGAGCCGUCUUCAGCGUGACUGAGGCUGGACUUCUGGAUGUGGAAGGUGAGAUGUUCCGCCAUGUUCUCGCUACCACUGACUGGGACUUUUGGACUGCAACAUUUUUUGGGGGGAGUGUGUACUUUGUUUUGUGGACAAGCACUCAGAACUGCAAGGGUUUGUUCGAACGUCUGGGAAUGAAGAUGCUGCCAAAUCUUGCACGGGAAGAGCUUCCGGUUCGGGUGGCCUCCAGGACAUGAACAAGGAUCUACGAGGCCACCAAUCGUCCUGCGCAGCUGCUGAGAAGCCGAGGCGUUUACUUUUGCUACGGGACAACUCAUUUGUGAAUAUCAGAUGACCACAAUUUUCUAAAUUUGUCUUUUUAACAUCUUUGCACAUUUUCCUUCAAACACUGAACACAAUUACCUUUAUUUUGGUUUGUUUUUUUAGAAAUAAUUUGGUGUGGGAAGCAGAUGCUUUUUAGCGUCUGUUUUAAGGAGAAUUUUUCACUCAACUGUAGUUAAAAUGUAAAAGGGGGAAGAAAAAUGUUGAUUCCAGUGUUAUUAGGGAAACUGAAGCAUUUGUCAGUUUUGUUUUAUAAACUUCCUGAGCUGUAUUUAAAAGGAAAGUAACUUCAGAGGCUUUGGAUUUGCACAUUCUAGGUGGUCACCUUUUUUCCUUUUAUUGAAGCACCUUUUAAACAAGUUUACUGGAAAACAAAUUUGCUCGCUGUUCCUUUAGAAAUUUUAAAAAUCGUCACUUAACUGUAUAAGUUGUCACUUGGAGGAAAGCAUCCAUGUAUGCUUGACGCCAAACGCACUUGUUUGUAAAUGCCUGAACGCGCACUGAGGUGAAGGGGUCACAUCCACCUGAGCAUGCAUGCACGUAACUCCAUUUUUAAAGCAACACGGAGCAGAAGGUUUCCUCUGCUUUGUAUUUAAAAUGUUCUUAAAGCGGCAAAGCCUCUGAUUUCUUAAAAACUAAUAAUAAUAGUGAAGGAACUUUGUGUCAUUGGAAACUGACAGACAUUUGGAAUAUACUCUUUGUGGUGUUGGGAGAAAAAUUGUUUUCUCUGCCAAAAAUAUUUCUGCACUUGUCUCUGUUUACAUGAUCUGAUAUUUUUGUUUUUGCAUAUCCUGUGUGUUUGUUACAGCAUUUAUGUGUAAAUAUAAAAAGGAAAAAAAAAAUCAGCAUGUAUGGAGUGUCAAUUAAAAGCUGCCGGUCUUCUCAUGCCUGCAUGUGGUCAGAUUUGAUCAUCUGGACAGCAUCAGCUCUCAGUCUUUGCUUUACAAUGAAAGAUGAAAAAUCUGCA